AUGAAAAGCUCCAGUAUUUCUUCCGGCGCCUCCUCAAAAACGCCGGCGAGCGCCUCCUCAAAACCGCCGGCGAUCACUACGGCGGCGCCCUCCUUCACGGCCGCCGCUGCACGGCACCGUUCGGAAGGCCGAGCCGAUAGCAGCAGCUACUUCCCUGGUUGCCGGAAGGAAACCAACUGCGACUGCAAAAUCUGCUUAGCAAGCAUCAAUGCAACCCUAGACCUCAUUCCCACCGGAAGCUCCAUCACAAAAAUCUCUUCUUUAGGCAAAAGAGCGGCGACUUCUGUAGGCAAAAGAGUGGCGACUUCUGUAGGCAAAAGAGCGGCGACACCUCCGCCGCGGCCGGUGAUGGAACCUGCGACACCUCCGGCUACCCCCGACCACCUCAUUCCAACUCAAUCAUUCUCCCUCACACCUCCCAUUGAAUCAACGGCUAAAUCUCGGCCACAUAUUCGGGGAAUUUCGGGUAAUAAGGGCGGAUUUUGUGUUCUAGGGCUUUGGAAACUGAUGGUUUUUGCAGGGAUUCUCUUCUUCGCAGCGGUAGAACUGAAGUUUGUAAUGGAGGGAUUUGGUCCUAAAUUGACGAUGGAAAUGUUGGAGCAAUUUGUAGAGGAUUCUGGAUGUCAAGCCGCGGAUUUGAGAGCGAGGUUAAGGAUUUUGGAGCUGAAGGUUGCAGAGGUCGUUGAUGGAGGAGUCUUAAAUUGCAGCUCUUUGAACACUGCCUGGAAAAUGAAACAAGCAGGUCGUCAGUUCUUCCACUUCAGAUGCGUUGUAUACGACUCCAUGGCAGAGGAAGUGAGUGUCUGGGGAAGCCCUCUGCGAACAUCUGGCCUGAUCUCAACCGGGUUUUAUUCUAGAUCACUUGCGCUCCUUUCAGGAAAGAUUACAGAGUGGUCCGAUGGGAAGCUGGACGCAAUCUCUAGAACUGGAAAUGGAAGCUCAUGGACCUUGCAGAGACGGAUGACUGUAGCCAUGCAGUUGGAAGGUAAUACUUGGGUUGUAGAGUAUAAGAGGAGGGCAAUGUUUGAGGAUUGGAAAAUGCUUCCAGCCGCAUUGGACGUGCUCCGAUUGAGAUUCAUUAAGAUGUUUAAUCUAAUGAAGCAGCAAACUUCGAGACUUCUAACCCUUGGUUCUAUUUCUCAUGCUUUCUACCCCCCUGAAGAUAGUAAUUUAAUGCACCCAACAUAGGGGAGAGGAUAUUUCGGAGGUCUCAUUUCUUAUGAGAAUUUUGUUCUGAAAUUUUCAGAUUUUGUAGCAGGUAUCAUUACAUUCUAAAGCUCUGUAAGACAAGGGUUGAUGAUAUAUUUUUCCUUUGAUUUUAGCAAUGGUUUUACUUUACAGCAGGUCUCUAGCGUUCAGUAAGCUGUGCUGCUAUAUUGGGUCUGAAUACAUGUUAUGAUUUCAUAUGCUAGAACUUAUGGCUUGCGCUUUAAUGAAUAGUGUUAGUUGGCUUAGAACUGAUUUGAUGGGCAUAUAUAGCAAUUUGAUGAUUUCAAAUCUUUAUUGUAGUAUUAUAUA